GCAGCCCCGAGCCAAGGCUCCAUGGAAGCCGCCAGCCUGUGGGCGGCCACCCCGGGCGCCGCCGUUCUCGGGGCCCCGCAGACCUGCAGCGAUAGCCCAGUCCCGGGCGGCGGUGUCGGGUCCACCCCAGGGGGCGCGGUCCUGCCUGGUCGGGAGCCCCCCUACUCUGUCUUCACGGUGCUGGUGGUGACUCUGCUGGUGCUGCUCAUCGCGGCCACUUUCCUGUGGAAUCUGCUGGUUCUGGUCACUAUUCUGCGCGUCCGCGCCUUCCAUCGCGUGCCGCAUAACUUGGUGGCCUCGACGGCCGUUUCCGACGUCCUAGUGGCCGCAGUGGUGAUGCCACUGAGCCUGACGAGGGAGCUGUCGGCAGGGCGACGUUGGCAGCUGGGCCGGAGCCUGUGCCACGUGUGGAUCUGCUUCGACGUGCUGUGCUGCACCGCCAGCAUCUGGAACGUGGCUGCCAUCGCCCUGGACCGCUACUGGACCAUCACGCGCCACCUGCAGUACACGCUGCGCACUCGCCGCCGCGCCUCUGCGCUCAUGAUCGCGCUCACCUGGGCGCUGUCCGCGCUCAUCGCGCUCGCGCCGCUGCUCUUCGGCUGGGGCGAGGUGUACGACGCCAGGUUGCAGCGCUGCCAGGUGAGCCAGGAACCCUCCUACGCUGUCUUCUCCACCUGUGGCGCCUUUUACCUCCCUCUUGGCGUGGUACUAUUUGUCUACUGGAAGAUCUACAAAGCGGCCAAGUUUCGCUUCGGCCGCCGGCGCCGGGCUGUGCUACCGUUACCCGCCAACGCAGAGGUGAAGGAGGCACCUCAAGAGGCAGAGAUGGUAUUCAAAGCACGCUGCCCAGCAACUGUGACCUUCCAGGCAAGUGGAGACUCCUGGCGGGAGCAGAAGGAGAAAAGGGCAGCCAUGAUGGUGGGGCUUCUGAUUGGAGUAUUUGUGCUGUGCUGGAUCCCCUUCUUCGUGACUGAGCUCAUUAGCCCCCUCUGUGCCUGCAGCCUACCCCCCAUCUGGAAAAGCGUAUUCCUGUGGCUUGGCUACUCCAAUUCUUUCUUUAACCCCCUGAUUUACACAGCUUUUAACAAGAACUACAACAAUGCCUUCAAAAGCCUCUUUACCAGGCAGAGAUGAAAGGGGCUGGAGAUAUGAGCAGAGUUGUGGGGAGGAAAUGAACUUGUAUCUACCAACUUCAGUGAUCUGGGAGUCUUCCCUUAUAGUUAAGUACUACUGAUGUUUUGAAAGUCAUGCUGUUAGGCCUGGACUAUGGAAGCAGCUGUGCCAUACACCUGCUGUCUCAUGAAGGACAGCAAAGGUAUGGGAAACAUGUAACUAUGCCCUCUUCCCAUAUACAUAGCAGGCAUUGCCAAUGGACCACUGUACAUCUCCCCACUAAGAAACUCCACCUCAGAAUUUUUUCAGGACAACACUUGAUAGUUACUGCUAAUGGUUAGCAUUGAUACAAGGGUCAAAGCUGACUUUCUUUCCUUUGUGAAGAUCUCCCAGGCCACUCAAAAGACACUUUCCUUUGUGAAAGACCUCCCUUUCCCAUUCAUUGGUCUCAACUUACUUUCCCCAGCAGCUACACAUCCCCUAAAUCCUUUUGAGUAAUACAGAGUAAUAUCUCCAUUCACAAAUGUUUGCUUGCAAACAAUAUGGUUCACAAACAAAAGCGUUCAGCAAAAUUUUGCUUUCACUAGCAAACGCCACACCAUGUCACAAACAUGACCAUAGCCAUCUUCCCCGCACAAACACAACCAUCUUAGCCUGGGAAACCAUCUUCCCCAAAGUUGUAUAACAAACAAACCAAGGUACCACGGUAUAUCUCAGUUUGCAGGAAGAUAAGGUUUAUGUUUUGUUAACAAACCUGUCUAUCUCACACCUACUGAAUCAGACUCAAAUAAGUAGUCUGGUGAUCUAUGUGUUACAUUUUAUAAUUUUUUAAUCAGUGAGAGAAGCUGCUGAAUACUUAGGCUGUUCUUUAUUCAGAAUAAGCUGGCUUUCCUGGAGGAUGACUUGGGCAGCAGCACUUUUAAAAGGUUACCACUUGAUUCCAACAUGUAGCUAGAGUUGAGAAACUCUGGUUAGGUCUUCGCUAUUUUUUCACCACUUGGGAGACCAGACUGAGAACUUUUCCCAUUUCUUCACCGUACUGACUUGUACGUGUAAUAAAAACACUUUUGAGGUAUCCUUGUGAAGGUUCUGAGUCACUGUUAUGACAUACACACCCAAAUGGGGAAAAUGAUGCCUGUUGUUGGACUCAAAAGUACUAUAAGCAAAACCUACAGGUUGUGUUAAUAAUCUGGGCUGAAAGACAGAAAGUAAUCUUCAGCUGUGUUCUCAAUAAUUGUAUCCAACAAAAUCUCAGUGGCAUGUAGCAGUAAGCAUUUGUUUCUUGCUGAUAUGUCUACAGUCUGUGUGAGAUUUCACUGACCUGAGCUGGACUCUUCUGGGCUUGGUUUCAAGCUGCAGGUUAGGUUUAAGCCUGCUUCAUGUGUCCAUCACACUCCUUGGGCUUAUAGGGAAUGUUUUACUCAAGAGAGAAGCGUAAGCCACACAGUGUAAGCCAAACAGUUUCAAAACUUAAGGCAAAGCUAGGUGUGGUGGAACAU